AUGCUGAGAAAGGGGACUGGGAAAUGGAUGAGAGAUAAAGGAGUGAGAAAGGAAGUGGGAUAUAGUUGGGUGGAUACUGGUGAUGCUGAUGGUUCCCUGUAUCUUCAUGGGUUUUCAUCAGGUGAUACUGUUAGACCAAGUCCAAGUCACGAGAAGAUUGUUAUUGAUAAGUCAGUUCUGGAUUCCCAUUUGAAUAGUUGA